GAAACGAUGUUUGUUGAGGAUGGAAGAUGGCGCCGCGGUGGCGCUGAGUGCGGCGGCGGGACGGUGGCUGAAUGCUCCCUGUCCGACACCGCUUGCUGGGUCUGCCUCGCUCCUUCCCUCCGCCGCUUGAUGGCACCCGGCUCGUCCUCCCAUCGCAAACAUGUCGAGUGACGGCGGCAAGAAGCAGUUCUGGAAGCGGAAUGUUUCCAAAGUUCCGGGCAGUAUACAACAUGUUUAUGGAGCUCAGCAUCCUCCAUUGGAUCCUCUGUUGCAUACAAACCUGCUCAAAGCAAAUUCAAAGCCUAAUUCAGCUUCAAUGAGGGCAAAGAAGGUUACUACGUUCCAAGAGUUUGAAAGUAUUACAAGUGACGCUUGGGAUGUUGGAGAUGACGAUGAUGACCUUUUGGCUAUGGCUACUCAAAAUCUGAAUACUGAUGUUGUUAUGGAAACGGCAAAUAAAGUAAUUCAAAUACACAGCAAGUUACAGGAACAGAAGCAGCAGAACAAACCAAUGGAGACAUCUGGAGAACAAUUGGACGAUAUGGAGCAAGCAGACAAUAGUGUGGAAAACACAGUAAAGUCAAACAGCGGCUCUGAGUUUGAUACAUCAACAGAUUUAAAUCAUCUUGAGACGACCCUGUCACAAAGGCAGCAGUCGGCCUCCCCAACAUCGCCAACUCUAUCGGCAGCAGGAAUUGCAGACCAGAAUUCCUCAGAUGGGCCUCUAAUGUCGGAAAGAGAAAUGACUCGUUUAGAAAAAUUCAGACAGCUGUUGGCAGGUCCAAAUACUGAUUUAGAAGAGUUGAGAAAACUCAGCUGGUCUGGAAUCCCAAGACAGGUCCGGCCAAUUACAUGGAAACUACUUUCAGGUUACCUACCUGCAAAUGUAGAAAGAAGAGAAAGUACGCUACAGCGGAAACGGACAGAGUAUUUUGCUUUCAUUGAACAGUAUUAUGAUUCCAGAAAUGAUGAACACCAUCAAGAUACAUAUCGACAGAUUGCCAUUGAUAUUCCCCGUAUGACUCCUGAGAGUUUAAUACUGCAACCAAAAGUACGAGAGAUACACAUUGAUAUUCCAAGAACUAAUCCUCUUAUUCCUCUCUUUCAACAAGCUUCUGUGCAAAAGAUCUUUGAGCGUAUACUUUUCAUAUGGGCAAUUCGGCAUCCAGCCAGUGGCUAUGUCCAGGGUAUAAACGACCUUGUCACGCCUUUCUUUGUAGUCUUCGUUUUUGAAUAUAUUGCUUCUCCAGAAAUAGUCUUCCAUGAGCACCCUCUGGUGGAGCUAUUGAUGAGUACAGCACCAAGAAUCUGUGUAGCUAGUUGUGAAGGAGAGGUGGAAAAUUUUGACGUUUCCAGUUUGCCUGAUGAAGUGUUGCAGAAUAUUGAAGCUGAUAGUUUCUGGUGCAUGAGCAAAUUACUUGAUGGCAUUCAGGAUAACUACACAUUUGCACAGCCAGGGAUUCAGAGGAAAGUGAAAGCAUUACAGGAGCUUGUAAGCCGGAUCGAUGAGCAAGUACACAAACACUUGCACCAAGCAGAAGUUGAAUACCUGCAAUUUGCUUUUCGAUGGAUGAAUAACUUACUGAUGAGGGAGCUUCCCCUGCGGUGUACCAUCCGGCUAUGGGACACGUAUCAGUCUGAACCAGAGGGAUUCUCACACUUCCACUUGUACGUUUGUGCUGCCUUCCUUGUCCGAUGGAGAAAAGAACUAUUGGAAGAGAAAGACUUUCAGGGACUUCUGAUCCUUCUGCAGAAUUUACCCACGAUGCACUGGGGGAAUGAAGAGAUCAGCAUCCUUCUGGCUGAAGCUUACAGACUGAAAUAUGCAUUUGCAGAUGCACCAAAUCACUACAAACGAUAAAAACCAAAUGAGAAGAGAGACGUGUAAAUGUGAAAGCUCUAAUUUUUCAUCUGUACUUAAGUUUUUUGUCAUUAUAAAAUAACCCCAUUAACUUGGCAUGCUGUGCUCAUUGCAGAAGUUGAGUUAUUUUGUUCAUUUGGAAACAAAAAGCAUAAAUUAAUGUAAUAUAUAUUUGUCACAAUAAUUACACCAAAUUACAGGCACAGAUUAAGCAAUUUGCCUCUGUACAUAUGGGUAAAGUGAUGGUGAAGGGAUGGAUUCAUUGCUUAAUAAUAGGUUAUUUUGAGCACUUGAUAACUGAGGCUUUCCAGGUUUUCUUAUGAAGAUUGGUUUUAUUUUUAUCUGUCUCUGCUUAAUUUUUAAUCUCUGAACUGCUUUGCAACAUUGUGUUCAGUUGAUCUUCCUCCAGAACACAAACCGUAGCAAACAUAAUUGCACCACGAGCUGUUGGCAAUUGACAAACUCUUCGGGGUUACUUUUUGGAUAUAUGGGAAGGACUUCCAUUUCAAAAUUUGAAACAUCUACAUAACCAAAUUCAAAUAAGUUGACUCAACAACCACAACAUGAUUAUAAAAUCACUAUUGAUUCCUUAUAACUGUUUACAGAAGUUGAAAUAGUGCCUGACAUCGAAUGAAAUGUACCCGUGGGUGAACUAUUUAUGCUCUCUCUAUUAAAGUCUCUAUUACUGAAUACUGAAAGCAUUUCUUCUCAAAUGGAAUAUUGUAUUAUGAUCAAUUAUAUACUUUUUUAAAUGGAGAUUGAUUUAAGAUUGAAAAUAGUGUUUCAAAUUCUUUAUUUUUCCAAAUGUAGUCCAUCCUAGUUAAUCUACUGUACUCUGAUAUACCAAAGAAUCCUUGAAAACACUUAAUGUCUGUGACUGUCACAUAUCUAUCCAGGAAUAGUAAUCCAACAACAUUGUUGUACCAUUUUUUCCCCCCAUUAUUUUGUUUUUCCAUUCCUUCUCUAAGUCCAUUUCAAAGAGAGCUCAAUGAAAAUAGUUCCCAAUAGACUCUUGGCUAUCACAGUGGAACAUUUGAAAUCUAAUUAAAAAUGUGCAGUGCAGAGCCUAUUUAUGUGUAUGUUACUUACAUUAUUGUAAAUAGAAAUAUGAUCUGUACCUAAAAUAAACUAAAGAUUAAAAAAACA